AACAACAAAAUGACACUAAUGAAAUAUCCAGCAAAGCAAACAAUAUGAAACUACCGCAAGUGACGAAAUCCACAUCUAUAGUAACACCACAAAGUGACAAUAUGGAACUAUCGCAAAUGAUGAAGUCCACAUCUACAGUAACACCAGUAACAAUAGCACCUAC